CUCUCUUCGGUGAUGCUGAACUGCCGGAAAGAGAGUAGGAUACUACCGAAAGCUACUGCUGGUGUUGGUUGCUUCUGGUAUCGCGCCGAGUCCCGGAAAGAGCCACCAUCGUACGGGCUUAGUUAGGGAGCUGCACAGUUCGGGGUUUGCCUUCGUCGUGAUCGCACGUUGUCGUCGUACCGUGUCCUUCAACGUUCGAGUGUGUGUAUAAAUGUAUGCUACCGUUUUCCUUGGUUUGAGGCUGCAAAAUAGAAUGUGAGAUGAGAAAAGAGUGGAUAGGGUUAAAUUGUGCCAGUAAAAGGUGAAAAAUUAGUGCAAAUAAGAACAACGAAAAAACAUUGCUCAAAAAUGCAAUGUUCGCAAAAAUGUAAUCAGCAGUGGGAUGGGUAGAGAAAAACGUGGGUAUUGAGAUAGAAAAAAAGAAAUCACAAUCGUAUUUAUAGAAGAUUGAAUAGUAGCGUAUUGGUUUCACAGAGGAUGAGGAAAAACGUGUAGGAAUCUAGUGCUACAUGGUAGAACGGUUGAUUGGGCAGUGAAAAGUGAGUGGAAAUCUUACUCCAUUGGAUGAGGAAAGUGAUUGCCAAAGAGUGGUACUCUAAUUUUACCAAUCGACAGAUCAUCGGGAGAAUGAGAGAUGUUGAUGAAAAUUGCACAAUAAUGCACUCAGAUAUUAGUGCGGAGUUUCCCAGGAGGCUGCCCUUGGUUGAGCAAUAUGACACGGAUGAAUUGGAUAACUGGAAGCAAAUGUGCAUCACAAAGUUUUUUUUCGUGUGCUUCGUAAUAUCAAAAAAGUGAAAAAGUAACAUAUUUCAUAAUCGCGUUUUGUCGAGAAAAUAUAUCGAUGAUGUGUGCAUUGUUUUAACAUUCUGGCAACAGUUCAACCAACCGCAGAUAAUGAAGAAGCUUUAGCUUCGUCGUGCUGCUUUAUUUAUAAUUUAGUUGCGAAUAUUUAGCAGCAGAUGAAAGACGAGAUGGGCAACAUACAGUUUUAAAAAUAAUCCGGUGAAGCCAAGAAAAAGCACUCAGGCAACAGAGAGCGAAAAUCUGCGCUCGAAAAAAAACGCCUGCUGUGAACCGUGCUGUGCGGGAAAACGAGCAGUGUGAGUGAAAAAUCCCGCAUUAGAUCCGACAGUGAGUGAAAAAUUAGAGAAAACAAAUUAUAACAGUGACAACAAUAGUCUGAUUAAGUCGCUAACGAAUUUAAUUCGUUGUCAAGCCAGUGAAAUAAUGAACCAAGGAGAACGAGGCAUGGAAAUCACAUUCGUCUGACCACCGUUGUUAAGAUUUUUUCUGCUUUUGCUUUAAAACAAGGCGUGAAAAUCACACUCACCGUUACGUAAUGCGUGUGUACGAGGGACACUUGGAGAAACAUUCGAAAGCCUUAGGAUGGUUUUCUGCAAUUAGUUCGAUUACGUGCUGGUAGAGCAGGGCAUCAACGGGAAUAUCGUAUAUUCCCUUUGAUCAUUCCUUUUGAGCAAACGGUUCGACUCAACCACGUAUCAGCGGGGAUCUACUACAGUAGCAGGAAGAAAAACAACUCCGCGAAAGAUUCUCUCUUCUUUGUCAAAAGAAGACAACGCGUGUGCAUGUUAUCCCGUAUUUCGUAGCAUUCAGUGUACACGGUGGUUCGUGCUUGGGCAAAUAAAAUCAUCUGAGCAAGCUGGCUGCUCUAGCUGAUUACUUCGAAGAUAUUUUCCUUUCAUUAACCAGUAAGAAAAAUACUACUAGCAAAAGCAAGCAAAAGAAAAGCAAGAAAAGCAAACGCUCGCAGAACAUGAGUACAGGUCCCGCACAAGUCGCUGUCGUUUUACCAAAUAACAACAACAACAACAGCAGCAGCGUUGUCAUCGGCACACCACCCGCCUCCAUCAGCACCAUCACCUCAGCACCACCAUCAUCCGCAGCCAAUUCCGCAUCCGGUCAGGCUUACUCGUCACUGCCGCCGUUACCAACACAGCCGACGGCAUCGUCGUCGCCGUCGGUGCUGGCAUCGGCAUCGAUCUCUACUACUACUACUAACAACAACAACAACAUCAACAACAACGGUGGAAAUAACAGUAGCAGUAACUGUAGCAAUAACAUGGCAACCCUAGCGACGAUCGGGCUGACGACGAUGCCGGCGGCGGUGAUGGUCAAUUCAGUGUCGCAAGUGCCGCCAGCUGCAACUGUCGCUAGUACAAAUGCCGUCACCGCACCGCUGCAGAAGGAACUUCCCACGGAUUCCACGGUGGUGGAAUCGAUGAACCGACAGAAUAGUCUGGGUGGCCGCCAACGGACUCUUGGUGGCAAAGGCAAGCAUUUAACACGAAGUCACGCCAUGCGUGAGUCAACCUCCCCUCCCCGAACACCCACACCGCGAUCGCCGUCAGAUCAGCACAGUAGCAGCAACGGCUCGCCAAUACAACAGAAUACUCUGUCCAUUAGCGCAACAUGUGAGACACAGUCUAACAAUAGCAACUCGCACUCACCAGUAUCGGAAUCUCGAUUAUUCAACAACAAUGAUUACAGCAGCAAACAAGGAGGUAAAAAUUCGCCAAACAUAAUUGUUUAUGGUGGCGACGACAGAGGAGGUAAGAGUCAGUUAGAUCUGGACUUUCCCAAACUAACGCCCCCAAAAUCUUCGUUCACCCCCAACAACAAUUGUGGUACCAAAAAUAGCAUUGGUAGACCCAAUAACAAUGGUUCCACCAGAAAUGACCAAGAAAAGGCAGAUCUCCAUCAUAGCAGCAAAGGGGGCAGGAACGGUGAACAAGGCAAUAAUCACGAAUUGAAAGAUUCAAAACCGACCGAACCAAUAUUAGACUGCGGGGAUCAGUCCAGCCUGGCCAUUUCGGUUUCUGGUGCACCAGUUGCCAUCAUUAGUCAGUCGUCAUCGUCGCCAGUAUCAUCUAAUAAUAACUAUUGUGAUAACGAAAGUCGUAAUCUACGUGAGGUUAAUUUUAGUGCUAAUAAUAAUGAUUCUAACAAUCAGCUAAACAUACAAUUUUCACAUGAAGAAAAUCGGUAUAUACAAUGUGAAAGUCCUACUGAUAGCCUUAUAAGAAAUAAUAGUAGCUCUAAUAGUAAUCUAACAAGUAGCGCUCAUAGCAACAAAAAACAUCGUGCUGGCGGCGGUGCAGGAGGAGGAGGAGUUGGCAACAUGGGUGUAGCAGGCGGUGGAGGAUUGGGUGGGGGAGGAGCAAACGCGACGUGUAGAGGUAACAAACCUCGGCUCAAACAUAUGAGCGGUGGGUCUUCAUCCAGCGCCGAUGGUGGGUCAAUCGGUGGAGUAGGAGGAGGAGGAGGAGGCGGCGGUACGACGACCGGAUUUCUCUCGCGUGACAAUUCCUGCGAGCAGUUUACUGACCAAAGUGGCGUCAAUCUGAUCCAGUUUUUCAAGGAGACGCUCAAUAAAAACUUCAAAGAUCGCAACAUGUUGAUGAAGAUCGAAAAGGAAUUGCUGGCGUUGGCCAUGGAUCGCAGCCGUAGCCAGAUCAAGUUUCCGCCGAUGUCUUCCUAUAAUCGAAUGUUGAUACAUCGCGUUGCUGCGUACUUCGGAAUGGAGCACAACGUGGAUGCCACCCAGCAAAGCGUAAUCGCGGAGGUUACACCCGCUACGCGAAUACCGGAGAUUCGAUUCAAGACGCUUAUCAAUGAGAGCUUCUCCGAAGAACCGCGGAAGUCAAUCCUCAAGCGAGACACGCACAGCUUUGAUGAGUAUCGGUACGGCAUGUUACACUGCCCGGAUCGGGGUGUACUGGAUCGCAAGGCCAAGAGUUUUGAAGAACGCGAGGAGGAGUACGAUAAAGUCAAACGAAGGAUAUUCAAGCAUCGAGAGGAUGGUGGCUCUGAAGAACAGUGGCAAUGGCUCUCAGCGGAAAACGCCGAAGUAAUCAACGGCCGAUCCAAGCUUCAGAACAAUCGUUUGCUAAAGGUGCAAUCAGUGUCAAUCGACGGCCGACCGGACGAGCGACCAUGCGUAUCAAAAUCGCACAGCUUCGGAGGCUACGGUGGUUCAUCUCAAAAUGCUCCACUAUUACGGGGUGACUCGAUAACGUCCACUAAGAGUGCUGGAGCACGUCUAUUCUCGAAGCAGGACUCAAAUGCUAGUACAAACACUCCGUGGCGAUUGUCGCCAUCCAGUAGUGGAUCAUUCUUCACUUUUAGCUAUAAAACUCAGUCUAUCCGGUCCGACUCAGUAACACCUUCGCCUACCGGCUACGGCAGUGGUGAUCAUACGCCGGAACCGUGCGUGCAGUCACCAUCCUCAACUUGCGGAGUUGUUUGGGCCGUCACCGACAUGGCAAGUGUUCCAAAGGGAAGCGUUCUCAUCGAUCCUCAGACGCUACAACCGAUCGUCAAUCAGGAUGGAACGAUCUACCACUUUGAUCCAUCCAACCUGCCGGCUACGGCAAACCUGCCAGGGUCCAUGACCAGAGUGCACAAGAAAAAGUUCGAAAAACAGAAAUCGUUCAAUAGUCGAAAUAAUGGCAUCAACAUUAGUAGUUCUCUCGAUAGCUCGAUUGAUCUUUCGCUGGGUAAAAGUGACUGUGGUCAACAAACAAAUACCACGACAACUAUCGCGGAAGAAGUUGGCAAUGAGCUCAGCUAUGACAUGGCGAAUACAGUCAAAAUAUGCACCAAGGAUAAUCAUGACAAUGACGUGGAAAAUUCUAGUCUCUGCGAAGAAAUCUCGCAAACAACAAAUGAACUCAGCACCCUUAAGCUUCAAAAGCACCAAGCAACAAGUCCUAUGUUGAAGGCCAGCGAAUUGCAACCAUUAGAACUGAAUGAAAUCCAACUCAAUGCAAACCAUGACGAUCAAGGUGCACAAGAAGAAACAGUUACCCCUGUUAUGACAGACUCUGAGACGGAAGGGGCGCUUAUGGUAGCAUUGAGUUGCAGCAGUGACAGCAACAAACCAAAUGUACAACACGAACAUCUCCAUCAGCAGGGUCUGGUGGAUGAUGGAAACGACGGCAGUAGUGACAAUUCUCAAGAUACGGACAGAAAGGACGAUUCCAGCAAAAUUAACGUUGUGCAAACAGUUCCUCUGGCUAACUACUCCAAUUCGCCAACACCUAACAGCGGCUAUACGGUAAACUACGAUAAUAGUAACGGUGCUCCUGGCGCUGGAACAACCAUGUACACAUCCGGUAACCCGGGAAUGUCAACCACAUAUCAGACUGCGCCUGAUGGAACCAUUUACGCUGUACCUUCCCCGCUCGUGUAUACAUAUCCUUCGGGAAUGGAUCCGGAGAUGACCGGAUAUUUUGUUCCUGUAUACGAUCAGCAGCGUGAUCCGAAUCUUUGCACCGCGACUGGCACAUCAAUGUACCCCGCAUCAGCGGGUACAGCUUCUUCAGUAUUACCAAUAGCAUACACACCAACGGCAGCAUACGGUGGCGCUCCCAUCUAUCAGAAUCACACAGCCGUCAUGUAUUCCUCGGAACAGUUUUCGACAGCUACGCCGGCAACGGCAGCUGCUGCUGCUGCGGCUGCUGCCAGCGCAGGUCAUCUUCCGCAGUAUCCGAUCGGGUACCCGAUCGGCAUUGGGUAUCCAUUCAAUAGUGCUGCGUACCAAAAUUACUGGAAUCAGCCAAUAACAUACUACGUUCCUCAGACGCCAGUGCAUUCUACCGGCAGUACACCACUCAUAAUGCCACCCCCGGUAUCACAAACUCCUACAAACAGUAGUAUGAUGGGCGCCGCUCCAAAUUCGAUUUCUUGCAAUACCGGAAAGCGCAAUAUAACUCCGCCAGGUCACGGCGGCCCUCAGUCACAGAUCCAGAAUCAAAGCGCCUCGGUAACACCGGUUCCUAUUUCCCCAUUCACGACGAAUAUUCCAAUGCCCCUACCGGAUCCAUCAGCAGGUCCAAUGUAUGCUAUUCCUCAACCAAUUUACUCCAAUAUGCUUCCAUUUGCUGGUCCCAUGACACAUCACCCACAUCAUCCGGCCGCCGGCGGGACGAUUGUGAAUUCAGUACUUCCCACUGCCAUUGCAGCUACCAGCACAGGUUAUCACCAUCAUUCGCAGCCUAAUAAUCCCGACUCUCUACCAUCGAGUAACGGUUCAUCUAAUAACAUCUAUUCAAGUGCAGGCCAGAACAACAACGCAACAACGCCUCAAUCCACCCCUAGCACGCCACUGUCGUUGCCUCUGUCCUUACCACCGCAUGCCAAGAACCCGCCACUUUUUGCUACACCCCCAAUCCUUCCCAAUGGAUAUACUCCUCAAAUGGGCGUUGUCGGUGGUAGUGGUAGUGCUGGACAUUACCACUACAACGUUACCGGUGGCAGUGGUCAUAAUUACGAAGAACGUAAGGGCAGCGGUGGAUCAGGUGGUGGUUAUCAAGGAAAAAGAUCGAAUCCAAACGGAGGAAGCUACUUCAGCUACAACAAUAAUGGCAACAGCCGUCAGAUGACACCUAAUAGCGGUGGUUAUCAAGGCAAUGGAUGUUCUCUGAACCAGAACAGCUCCGGAAGCAACGGUCCUAAGAAUUCGAGCUACGCCAAUAAUAACAAUACAGGGAACAAUCAGAAUUCUAACAAUAACGGAAAUGGCCCACUGAUGCUUGGGCAACCAUCAAAAGGUCAACCCCGUUCCGAAAGCCAGGCAAGCGUGGCCAAGCCACCACUGAUACCAACAUUACCAAAUAGUAACAAUAAUACUAGCAGUAAUACCAACCCUAGCGAUAAGACACGCAUCAACCGUUCAUCCAAGCCACCAAAUCUAGACUUAAAGCGGAACUUUAACAAUUUUAACGUAAACAGUAGAAACACGCCGAGCACAAAUUCAACGGAAAGCAACAACUCACCAAACAGUAUUACAUCGUCGUCAAUACAUGAGCAUCACCAACAACAUCAAGUACAUCAUCACCCACAGUCGCACCAUCAGCAUGCUCAUGGUGGCGGUUCUAGUCAACCACAUCACCCUUACUAUCCGCCUCAGCAUCAGCAGCCGCAGCCCCAUUACUACAGCCAGAGGGGUGGUAGUGUAGGCAGCAAUAACGGUGCCUCCGGAAACGGAGGUGGAGGCAAUCACGCACACCAGACGGCCAACGCAGCUGCUGCCACGGCAGCCGCAGCAGCUGCUGCCGCGGCUCAUACGGUACCUUCAAGUGCCAUCCAAUCUGCUGCGGCCGCUGCUGCUGCAGCAUGUGCAGCUGCUAUCGAACCGUACCAUUCGCAGCUUAUCCCACUGAAUGCUACCGGGAUGUCGUACGUCAAAAUUGGACAGACGUAUUUUACGCAUCCCUCUUUAGCCCUGCCGCCGAAUCGUCGGUCGCCUCCGAACGAUAUACGUCCAAUAGCAGGUGUUUAUCCAACUAUGAACAUGGUGAUGCCAGCAUCACGACAGUUCACGCCACGACCUCAGCAUAGCAGCAGCUUCCAUAAGGGCGGCAAGGCGCCAAGAUAAACGCUUCCCAUUCGAUGGCGGCAAUAGUAGAAAAUAGCAAACCACACAAAGAUAAAACAUGCCGAUAACCUGCAGCAAGGAUGAUUAAAAAAAAACUAAAACGCACUAUUUAAAAACGCUAAUCGUUAGGUGAUUAGAAUCACACCCACAAACAUACAUUGGUGGAGAAAGCUCCAAACCGAAGCUCUAAAUAAGACAAGACGAACGGAAGCUGGAACAAGUUUCCCUUCCUCGGAGUAGAUCGUUUUAAACUAAGACACUUUUAAACGUGAUAAGCGCGAGCAAAAUCGAGUUCAAAGACACGCAACCGAGCGAGCAUCCUGUGAAGGGAGGGUAAAUCAACGAUUGGGUCUAGUCCGGCUUUUUCGGCGAUGUGUAACACUAGGGGUGUUACUAUUCGUUGGGUAAAAUAUAGCGGAAAAGAAAAACGAUCACCCGUAGAAAUGCCAUUUAUUUUAUUAUCAACUAAAAUUAUUAAUAUAUACUGAUAUAAUUAUUAUUACAUUAAUAACAGUAAAGCAGAACUAGAGAGGUGAGGCAAAAGUUGAAAACUAAAACAAAAAAAAACAAGUGGAUAGGUCAAAAAGUAAAAUGCUUUACCAGUGAUUCAAUCAACGCUAUGCGAAUUAUUUAUAAAAUAAUUUCAUACGCCGGAUAGUGGUACUGAAAACGUUUAAGAAAUCCUGAAACAGUGAUCAACAAACAAAAAAAAAAGAUUCAAGAAACCAAAAGUCAGAGCAAUGGUAUAGUUUAGAACGGGAGUUAAGAUUGAAGACGGUUGUUGAUAGGUGGAUAAGAAUGCUGAGAGGAAUACAAAACUGCCGCCCACUAUACUUUGUUCAAAACGAAGCCAGAGUCAGAAAAUCAGCGGACAGCAAACUAUUUCAAGCCAUUUCAAAGCCAGGCGCAACACGCAUCCUAAUUUACCUACUAUUUACGAGAAAAAAAGUUUGGGGUGAGCACGAAAAAAGGCCAUAGCUCGUAACCAUACAUAAAUAACUCUUAUAUCAUGAACGUGAUUAUUAUUAGUAGAGGAAAUGUCCCGAUCAACCCGUUUACAAAUUUAUAUAAAAUUUAUUUAUAAAACGAUGCAAGCAUAAUUAAAAUAGUAGGGAACAUAACCAUUAUUUAUUCGUAAAACAAAUGAACUAUGCAACAUUGCAAACUAAACGACAAACAUUAUACUAAAAACAAGAAAGCUAAAUAAAAUUGUUAAACGA